CGACUCAACGAGCAACGAACAGGUCACACCGACCCCAACCGUUCUGACAGCGAUCGAGAUACAGCAACACUGAACUAUUCGGACAGCGAACGAGACACACCGACCCCGAACCGUCCAGACAGCGAACGAGCUACACCAAUCACGAGUCGCAGUCGGCCAAGACCAGGAAGAAAAACAUUAACCGAAGACGUCCUUAAGUCCGUAAAUGAUCAUUUUAAACGGCCCAAACUCCCCGACAACCGUUUUGAGGUUUUUGGAAAAAAUGUUGGGAUGAAACUACAAGAGUUACCAAGAGAACAGAGAAUCUUAGCAGAAAAAAAUAAUAACGAAACUCUGUUCUUGGCUGAAAUGGGAAGUUUAACUAUGUCACAUACUGUAAAAAAAAUAUGACUUUCCCAACACUGGUUUUUCCAGUAAGCCACACACACACAACCCCUUUUCACUCAGCCACACACUCAAAUCCUUUUCACUCAGCCAAACACUCAAAACCUUUUCACUCAGCCAAACACUCAAAACCUUUCCACUCAGCCACAAACUCAAAUCCUUUUCACUCAGCCAAACACUCAAAACCUUUCCACUCGGCCACACACUGAAAAGCAAUAUGCCUUACAAGCUAACCAACACCGCUUUCAAGAACAUGCUGUAGUCCACUAUGAAUCCUCAAGUUUAUCAUCAAUGGAAUCUACAUCACCAUUACAGCCUGAUCAGGAUAACACAAUUGCUACCUAUUUAAGUAAUUUUAAUGAUGAUUUGUAAAAUGUGACGAC